AUGGCCGCGCCACUGCCUAGUCCGGGCCCGCGCGCGUCUGCCAUUCCAAAUGGCUCCGUCGCGUCUUCCUCAACCACACCUGCCGUCAACGGAAUCGGCUCAGCGCCCGCCCAGCCUGUCAAUCCUCCGGCCGGCGGCGCACCACAAUUGUCGCAGCAGAACCUAAACCAAAUAGUGAUCGACUACCUCGCCAAGAAAGGGUAUCAUCGAACAGAAGCUGUCCUCCGAGCUGAGUCUGCGAAUCAGGAGAUUCCGAAAAUGGAGGAGAGCAGGCCGAAUCCAAAUGCUGUCCAGCACCUGGCGCAGAAAUACCUGGACGUCUACAUCAAGCUGCAGGCCUGGACGGAUGAUGCUCUGGACAUGUACAAGCCCGAGGUCGAGCGUCUUUCGUGGCCAUUUUUCAUCUACAUGUACCUUGCACUCGUCGAGCAAACAAACUCUGUCAUCGCCGAAAACUUCUGGAAGAAAUUCGUCGAGCCGUUUCGCACUCAACAUGAGCACGAUAUUCAACUACUCAAGUCUGCGACUCUUCCCGAGCAUUUAAAGGCCGACGGCGAGGCGAAGCGGUAUCUGAGCAACAAGUAUCGUGUAAACCUUUCCAAUCCAGCCAAUAUGUACUGCCUCACCUUCUUCGAGUCCCUGCCGAGAGAGCAGUACGCUCUACUCAUCAAAAUACUAGAGACGAACAUUGACCUGAGGGUAUCGGAUCGCGCAACAGACGAUCGAUACAGCUUCGCGUCUGUUAUUCUCCGGGCACAGGAUGAUUCGAACCUCCCUCCAGACGACGAGGGUAUACCUGGUCACAAAUCUGGCAACGCUAUCAUCACAGAUCAGGCCAACGUGGGCAAUACUCUGGCGACUCUCAAAUUGGGCAAGCUCCAGAUGGACAAGGACACGGAAGAAGAUGUGCGCGCCGAUCUGGAGGAGAUUGACAGCAAAAUGCCACCCGCGCCAGGUCAAUCGACAUUGGUUGAGACUCACGAGAAGAUCAAUAUCAAGCAGGAAGAAGACGAGGAUGGCCCAACACGCACAGAAAUACCCUUUCCGGUGUCCACCUCCCGCGACGUUCACAUGGAGGUCACCAAAAUUCGAGAGUCUCGCGAUCGUCUAAAGGUCGAGGGCCGGACAGGCGGAAUUGGACCUGGCGUGAGCGUCUGCAUGUACACCUUCCACAACUCCGCAGACAGCAUCAACUGCAUGGACUUCUCAAGCGACCUCAAGCUGGCAGCUACAGGGAUGGCUGAGUCAUAUAUCAGAGUUUGGACUCUGGAUGGUUCAGCACUUGGCCCGCAGUCGAAUGGUCAAGCGCAAGCGUCACAGCGUCUGAUAGGGCAUGGCGCUCCUGUAUACGCGGUACGCUUUGCACCGGCCGUCGGUCCCUACGACGAAAGCUCGACGGGCACUGGUGUCAAGUGGUUGCUGUCGGGCGGUGGUGACGGAAACAUCCUCCUCUGGUCCUUGGACACAUUCCAAGCAGUCGUGAAGUAUCAAGGCCAUACUGGCCCUGUAUGGUCGCUGGACUGGAGUCCUCAGAGCCAUUACUUCGUAUCUGGCGGUCUCGAUAAGCUUGGUCGAAUCUGGACGACCGACAAAGUCCACCCUGUCCGUAUCCUCGCCGGGCAUGACAAAGACGUCGAAGUCGUUGCGUAUCAUCCGAACUCCGCAUAUGUCUUCACGGCUUCCACAGAUCGAACCAUCCGAAUGUGGGCGGUUACGACAGGAAACGCAGUGCGAAUGUUCACCAGUCACACUACACCAAUCACUGCAGUCGCAUGCAGUCCUGAUGGCAAGUUGCUUGCUUCUGCAGACGACAACGGAAGCAUCAUCCUUUGGGAUCUCGCCACAGGCAAACGAAUGAAGCAAAUGCGCGGUCAUGGCAAAGGCGGGAUCUGGUCUCUCUCGUGGAACAAUGAAUCAACGAUCUUGCUCUCUGGCGGAGCUGACAAUACUGUGCGAGUAUGGGAUGUGCACGGUCCUCCUAAGGAGCCAGCCGCAGCAAAGCCAGGCGAGGCAGGUAAGGCAGGCGACGGAUCUGGACCGACCAUGCUACAGAGUACGGGCGCAAAGAAGGGCAGAAAGGAGGCUGUCGUCACCGCUGAUCAGAUCAGCGCCUUCCCGACAAAAAGCAGUCCGGUCUACCACGUUCAGAUGACGAGUAUGAACCUCGCGUUAGCGGGAAGUGCAUAUCUACCGGAGCUGCAGGCGAGGCCGAGUCAGGGAUCGUAG